GCGGGGCCGCGCGCCACGGGAAGGGGCGGCCGCCGGGCCGGGGAGCCGCGCCGCAGCCUGAGCGCGCCGGGCGCCGCGAUGGGGCUGGAGACCGAGAAGGCCGACGUGCAGCUCUUCAUGGACGACGACGCCUACAGCCGCCACAGCGGCGUCGACUACGCCGACCCGGAGAAGUUCCCGGAGCCGGGCCCCGAUCGGGAUCCGCACCGGCUCAACUCGGAGCUCAAGGUGGGUUUCGAGGAUGUGAUCGCCGAGCCUGCCACCACUCACUCCUUUGACAAAGUCUGGGUGUGCAGUCAUGCCCUGUUCGAAGUCAGCAAGUACGUGCUCUACAAGUUCCUGACCCUGUUCCUGGCCAUCCCCCUGGCCUUCGCCGCGGGAGUGCUCUUGGCCACCCUCAGCUGUCUGCACAUCUGGAUUUUAAUGCCUUUUGUAAAGACCUGCCUAAUGGUCCUACCUUCCGUGCAGACAAUAUGGAGGAGUGUGACAGAUGUUGUCAUUGCCCCUUUGUGUGCAAGCGUAGGACGGAGCUUCUCUUCUGUCAAUCUGCAGCUGAGCCAUGACUGAACACGGGGACCCCAGGUCUGGUGAUUUGGAGACUGUUAUUUGUUGUUGUCAUAUAAAAGCACUACUGUUCUCUUCAGUCCCCCAACCCCCACUGUUCUAAUUAAGAAAACUAUUAAAGUGGCCAACUACGUUUAGUUGCAAUUAUUGACAGACCUUUUUAUAUCUAACUUCGUAACCACAAUUAAACAGUAGGUUGGCAACACUUAAUUUUAAAGGCCGUUUUUGCUUUAGUACAAAAGGAUAUAUUUUAUAAUGAUGAACUUAUAAUAACAAGGGACAUUUUCCUCAGAUAAUAUAAUAGUGUUGCUCACAAUUGCUAUAAAAGCCUGAGGUUUCUUAGUACUUUUUAUGUCGCAAAGAAUGUUUUUAAAAUUACCUUUGCUGGUAAAGUCAUAGCAAUUCUUAGAGAUAAGAUGUACAAAGAUCGUAGAAAUUACAGUAUCAGAGUAUCCAGUGGUUUUAUGGGGCUAUCAGUAAAACAAAUGUGAAAAGAGAUUUGUGAAAAUAAGUUUCUUUAAGGCAUUGUUAACCAACAAGUCUAUUUAACAAAGUGUUUCAUUUUACUGUAUAUUUUGUACUUUAUGUAAAUGUUGCUCUAACCAUAUUGCUUUAAAGCACUUUUAUUGUAUUUGUUAUCUUGUUAAAUUAAUAUAUGGUGUGAGUAAAUGUAUCUUCCAUAUAAAGCUUCAUUGGUGAAAUUGCACUGUCUUGAUUAUGCAGAUGUAUUUUCUUUAGAAAUUGAAUGUAAAAGGACAAACUAUAAGCAUUAUCUCACUAAUGUUUCCAAGCAAAAUCCUGAAAUAUUUUUUAUCAUAAGAUAGUAUGAUCUUACAGUAAUCCAAACUCUAACUGAUAUAUUUGUCCCGGUAAUUUUUUUCUCUUUUUAUUAGAAAUUAAAACUAUAUUUUGCAUUCUUACUAAUGUUUUACCCUACCUUCAAGUAAUGCUAGUGCUGUUCAGUAACAUUUAAUGGUUAAAGGCUAUUUCUGACACUUAAAGUAUAAUUUCAUCUAAAAUGACUCGAUAUUUGUCAAAUUGUUGGGUUCAUGCUGCUGAGCUACAUGCAUAGCUUAAAAGUUUGCAGCUAUAAAAUUACAAGAUACUAACAUGGAUUUAGUUACAUAGUUAAAAUUGUCCUUAUUUUGAAUAUCAGGUUCUACUUUCAGUGUUAGGACUCACUUCUUUGUCUUCUAAUGUCUCUGAUAUGUGUUGUUACUAUAAUUCAUACAACAUAAAAAGAGUAUAAAUGUUCAAAUUCAAAUUCCAGUAUUCCUAUCAGAAUGUGAAUUGACAUUCCCUUAAAUAUCUUAAUAGAUUACAAAUCUUCAUUCAAUGAGGGUCAUUUAUUUUUCUAGAUUGGCAGGGCUGGUAAAUGUAAAAGAUGAAUGAACUGGAAUACUACUGGGGACCAAAGCAAAUGAAUGAUUAAAUUAUGAAACUCAUCAUUUUGAAGGUAGCUGCAAAAGAGACUUUUCAAAAUCGAUCUAGACGAUCAUAGAAAAAUCAUUAUCUGAUCAUCAUUCCCUUAAAGUAUCAUCACUCAUUUAACUGCAUAGAUUUAUUAGGUUAGUUUAAAAGGUCAAUGAGUCAUCCUUUUAUAAUUAUGCCCUCUACCAAAGUGUUUUAAAUAUUCAGAUAUAUUGAGUAGAAAAUGUGUUUGAUUAAUAAGAUGUCACUAAAUAAAUCAUAGACUUCUAUCUUUAAAAGAAUAUUGGUAAGUUUUAAAUGAAAAAUAUUUUUAUAAUAUAUAGUUAUAUAACAAAAUCCAUUAAUUUUUAACAAGUGAUAUAUAUGAUUUUAUUUUUUCUGAAUAGCUGAUUACUUUUAGAAUAAAUUUUAUUUGGGUAAUUAAUAGUUAUUUUCUUUCAAAGGCUGAAAUUUUGUAACAGUGGAUUCAGAUUUCAUGUGUAAACAUGUUAAUUCUUAAUUUGGGAGGAGAGAAAUGAUGAGGAAGCUUUCUCAAUAUUCAUAAUAAACCUUUUAAA